AUGAACCCCAGGAUCGUCCUCCUGAUGGCGGUGAUGGUGGUGGUUUACCAGUACCCCUACACGGCAGCAAACACCAACCAGGAACUGAAAACAUACAUUGUUCACAUGGACAAAGAGGUGAUGCCGCCAGAGUAUUCCGACCACCAGAACUGGUAUGCAACAUCUAUGGAAUCGGUUUCCGAGUCGCCUGAUAUGUUGUAUACGUAUGAAAACGUCAUCCACGGGUUCUCCACCCGGCUCACGGUUGAACAAGCGAAAUUACUCAAGGAAAAACACGGGACGGAGACUAUGUUCUCCGGGUUGAACUCCAGCAGUGAUGUGGUGAUUGGGGUGGUGGACACUGGUGUCUGGCCCGCAAGUAAGAGUCUAGACGACACCGGAUUUGGUCCGGUUCCUUCAUGGUGGAAAGGCGAGUGUAAGAAUGGUACAAGCUUUGGUGUAUCCAACUGUAAUAAGAAGUUGAUUGGGGCAACGUACUUUUCAAGAGCAUAUGAAGCGACAUACGGGCCGAUUGAUGAAACAAUAGAAUCACGGUCUGCAAUGGAUGAUGAUGGACACGGGACCCACACUGCGACCACAGCCGCCGGUUCAACUGUGACUGGAGCUAGUCUUUUUGGGUUCGCUAAAGGGACGGCUCGUGGGAUGGCUCCGAAUGCAAGGCUAGCGGUUUAUAAAGCGUGUUGGCUCGGUGGUUGUUUCGGGAGCGAUAUACUGGCGGCAAUAGAAAAGGUGAUUGCGGACCGUGUCCAUGUUUUAUCACUUUCGAUUGGCGACUCGCUUGCUAAUUACACAAAUGACGUGGUGGCUUAUGGUGCAUUCAAGGCGGUUUCCCGUGGGAUAUUUAUAGCAUGUUCCGCUGGAAAUAGCGGGCCUGACCCGAUUAGUUUAUCGAAUGUUGUGCCAUGGAUAGCUACGGUUGGUGCCGGAAGAAUUGACCGUGAUUUUCCAGCGUAUGUUGUUCUCGGAAACAGGAAGAAAUUUCGGGGAGUGUCGCUUUAUAGUUGA